UUAUUGUAUGAAAAUCUUAAAUCUUAGUAUACUAUGAUUGAAGUUUAACUAACUUUUUACUUCGUUGGAUAUUUGGUAAACAGUAAUUCCAUUGUUUUCUUUAUUUACAUGAAUUUUAUUAUAAAAUAGAAACAAAAGCGCACGAAAUAUGUCCAAAAUAACUGGUUAUGAUACACAUGAUGAUGGACCAGGUUUUGUUGGUAUUAGAUUUUGUCAAGAAUGUAAUAAUAUGUUAUAUCCAAAAGAAGAUAAAGAAAAUAAAGUUUUAAUGUAUGCAUGUAGAAAUUGUGAUUUUAAACAACUCGCUGAUAGCAAUUGUAUUUACGUGAAUAAAAUUAUGCACGAAAUAGAUGAAUUGACACACAUUGUCGCAGAUGUUAUAUCAGAUCCUACUUUACCAAGAACAGAAGAUCAUCCUUGUCCAAAGUGUAACCAUAGAGAAGCAGUAUUUUUUCAAGCACAAACUAGACGAGCAGAAGAAGAGAUGAGGUUAUAUUAUGUGUGUACUAAUCAGCAUUGUUGUCAUAGAUGGACAGAAUGAAAUUUCAGAAAUUCUCUGUACAUAUUAAAUUUAUAUAUUUAAAAUAUAAAAACUAAGGAUGUAUAUUACUAUAAAUUAUUAUACAGAAAAAAAUUUUAAUAAAAUACA